AUGUAUUUUGAACAUCAAUCAUCCAAGUUUUUGAUUUUGGGCACAGUCAUAUAUCACAAAGGAAAUGCCACCCCCAAGAUCAGGUUGAAAAAACAAUUGCUCUCUCACCGUUUCCCUAGGUGCUCCCAAGAUUGUGAGCUGCUACGUUUGCGGAAGGAGGACUACCUCAACGUUAUCCAGGGCACCAAGCAGAAGAUCUACUUCUUUGAUCGGUUCCUAGCCCCUUUCCGCCACAAUGCAGACAAGCGCGCCCAAGGUGCCCUGACUCAGCAUCCGUCCCUUCUUUUCGCUGACGAGAUCGUCCGUGAUGGCCAAACUCUGACCACCGAGGGUAUGUAUGCGGAUCCCAAGAUCUUUGUGCUAGGCGCCUCCAGCCGUGUGGAGUUUUGCAGAUACAAAGAUCCAGGUGAUAACCCUGCAUACAUCCUGAGCAAGCGGCCGCAGAGUGCGCCAAACCAGAAGGCCAACCGAUGUCAACCGCUGCUCCCGGGGGACCUGGAACGUUGUGAGCCGGAUGAGGAGCUACGGCAGUCCAUCACCACCUUCAAUCCCAACGGCCAGGAGGUGGUGGUGUAUGACAUGAUCAAGGAGGGAAGCAUUUUCGCAACGAUGUCUGCCUGUCUCAACUGCAGCCCAGAACCCUUCUCCAUCGUGGCCCGGUGUCCCAAUGAGACCUGCACCAUCUACACCCUGGAUGGUGCUGGCAUUCAAAAGAUGCAUCCCAGACUACUGGAGGCGCUGCGGGAACUGCUGGCAGAGGAGGGUGCCAGACGGAUGAAGAAGGUGCAGAGAGAUGAGAAGAUCCAGGACGUGAACGUCGGCUCAGUGAAGAUAUGGUAAGUCGACUCCCCCUGCGGU